AUGACUCACAGUCCUCCACGUCAUCAUCCACAACAGAUGUACGGACAGCCUCCUCCUACGUAUUAUCAUCAUCACACGGCGAUGCCUCAAACGGCGCCGUCUUAUACGGUGAGCUACAACACGGCACAUGGGCCAGGUAACAACGGCGGGAAUGAAACGGCGUCGUAUUACGCGGCUCCUCCUCGUCAUCCGACGUCGUAUUAUUCGUAUGAGUACGUGGACAAUGGAUACGAAUCUCCACCGCCCGAAUUUUAUUCCUAUAGAUCUCAGCCGUCCGAAUCGUUUGAAGCACUCAGCGAAGGCAAUCCAAACGCUUGUUACGUUAUGUGA